UUCAACUGAAUGUCAGUGAAAAAUUUUUAUUAUAUUUUUUUACAAUACAAAAAAUUUUUUCUCGCAUAGCGUAUAUUUUAAAUUAAUUUCUUCUUAAGGCCAAAUUGGAAGCGAAACUUAGUUGAAAACAAAACAAAUUUCAAUACCAAAAAAAAUUUUGCAGAAAUGGAUGUUUCGCCAAGCAGAAAUAGUGCAGGCAGUGACGGCAAACUCGUAUCAAACUCAUUACCGCCUGGUCGUAAGGAUCUAUCCAAAUCCAUACCUAAAUUAACUGGUGAACUAAUUUUCAAGCAAAAGAACGAGUCCACGAAACCGCCACCAGCAACGGAGGUUGUAGCAGUCGAGGGUGCCGCCAAUGUUACCAGCAGCAGCAAUACCAUAACUCUCGAACCCACACCCGUUCCCACGCUCACCAGCACUACCGAAAGCAAACCGCACUUAGCUAGAUCAAAAACUUUGGCGUCUGCGCAAAAUACCGUAUACACGAAAAUACCCAUGAAGCGCGCGACCGGUACCAGUGCAACCACAAAGACCGUAAUUACGCCCCGAUACAAUCAACGUCAACAAAUGCGUUCCGCCUCUAAGAUCAGUUUGACCAUCAAAGAGUUGGGUGGCGGUGGCACGAAAGUAGACUCCAAUGUUUCCAAAUUGAGUUUUAAGGCGAAUACCUCAACGAAUCUGAAGCCGCCUUCACACUUGAAAGCGCAAACCACGCGCGGCAAUGUAGGCGCUAGAAUUUCGAAGAGGAGCGCCAGCGCCAUUUCCUGCCACAGUAACAGUGAAAUUCGAAAAGCUGACGAACCGCUACAGCAGCUCACCAAAAUUAGCUCAUCUGCCGGCGAUCACGAAAGCAGUGGUAGUGGACAAAUACUGAGCGCGCGCGAACGCGUUGCUGAGAAUAACAAACUCAAGGUAUUCGAGGGCCUACAGCGCAAGUUGCAAGACAUGCAAACAGAUUUUAUGCUGAAGUUCGAGACGCUCAAGUUGACAUCGCCCGAUAAAUUGAAGGCAGAUUAUAAAUUCAUAACAAUGGUUAAGAAUGAUGAAUACAAGUUAUUGCUGAAGGAGGAUCACAUGUUGAAGAUGCCAAAGAAGUUGCCGGCGGACUCUGUGAACGAUUUCAAAGAAAAAGUACGCGCCGCAGUGAAUGGUUGCCUUAUGUGCCUGAUGGAUAACCUAAAGGAGCUGCAAUCGGCGAAGGGUGAAGGGGCAGAGCGUACGCUGAAUUUGGAAGAAACGCAUAAUAAGUUGGAAAACGAUCAGUGUAAAAAAUUGCAUGAUCUUUUUGAGUGCGUGAAUUCGUUAGCCAAUGCCAGGGAUACCGAGAUGGAUGCGCAGAUUGUUAAAAUGCAGAAGGAAAUACAGGAGGGCAAAAAAGCUCUACAACUGUCCGAGAAGCGUUUAGCCGAAAUAAAAGCUGUACACACGGAGGAAUUAGAAGCUUUGCAGAAAGAGUUAAAGGAAAAGACUGAUGCCGAUGUAGCGAAGCGGGAAACGCAAAUUGCUGAGUUGAAUCGAAAGCUGCGCAGUUUAGAGAAACAACAUGACAAAUUGAAAACCACAUUACAACAGAAUACUGAAGAGUGUACCCACGAACAUACCGAGAAGGCGAAACUUUUGGAUGAACUUAAAAGCUGUAAGGAAAGUAUUCAGGCUCUCAAUAAGAAAUUAACACACGCUGAAAGCCAACUGAAUCACGAAAAGAAAGAUAAGCACGACAAAAACGAAAUCAUACAAAAACUGGAAGUCGACCUUGAUAAGGCUAAGAGGGAAAUAGAAGAAGCACUGCAAGCGAAACCACAACCUGAGCAACCGCAUCAUGAAAAGGAAUUCAAAAAGGAGAUACAUAAAUUAAAAGGAAAAAUAGAGACAUUGGAAAAAGAGAAGCAAGAAUUUGUAGAACAGGAGUUGAUGCUGCAGGAGAAAGUUACUGCUAUGGAUAAAUUACGGAAUAAGAUCGCUGAACUGGAGGAACGUAAUCGAGAAUUAUUGGAACGCGAAAAAAUCGCAGAAGAAAAUACAGAGCUGCCCAAGGAAAACAAGGCAGAGGUAAGCUCAACGCAUAUUCCAACGAAGUUUGACAUCAAUUGUGUGCUACUUAAUAUACAGCUCCAACGACUGUUGCAAUCUGAGGCCGAAAAGCAUCGAGAAAUCGAUAAACUAAAAACGGAACUAGCCAAGGCGCUCUUCAAUAUGGAACAGCUGGAGGAACAGAUCCGUCGCGAUCAACAGCUACUCGAAGUGCGUAGCGAAUUGAUUAAUUCGCUGCAAACGAACGACAAUAGUCAACGCAUUCAUUUGGAACAAAUGUUCGUAGAGGUUGGCGAAAAGAAUAGUACCAUCAAUGAGGUAUGGUUGAACAAUGAGUUGCGUACAAAAUCUGAGGAAUUUCACAAUCUCUUCAGCACCUUAAGUAACAAGCAAAUGGAGCUGUCGCGUCAGGAGCAUAUGAUUAAGUUGUUGGAGGAGAGUAAUGAGCGUAGUCAGAUGUUGCGGGUGAAGCAGGAGGAGAAAAUUGGGCGUAUGGAAGAGGAGAUUGCGCAUUUGAAGCAAACAAUCGCCAUCUACCAACACAACGUCCUUGGCAAUGCCGGCUGCAAGAAUCUCAUCUAUCAACCUAUCGCCGGAUCGGAUGAUUACAAUGAGAACCUCUACUAUUACACCAGCGAACGGCGACGAAAACGACAGGUCGACAUCAAUGUGAAGAAAUAUGAAACCUAGAAGGAAAAGUUUAGCAACAAAAAAAUUAAUAAUUAUAAAUUAACGUACAGCAAUCGAUAUGCUCUGUCCUUUGCAGAAAGGAGAUUGUUAGAAGGAAUGUUAUUGUUGAGGUACUGUGCCAGUAUGUACUAUUUUUUGCUUUUGAGUUUUGAUAGGUGUGUAACUGUAUAACGUACAUAUAUAUGUACAUUUGUGUGUAACUGUAAAUUUAUAUACUAAAUACGAGGCACUAGGAAGCCG